AUGUUUUUACUGCGACAACAGUGUCUCCCCUGCCUGUGGCCAGGAAUUCAAGGCCUACCAGUUUGUUGCGACCGUCUGCCCCGAUGACGACAAACGCAGACCUAUUUGUGGCAAACAGGAACAGCCUCCAGACAGACAUGGCUGGACAGGGGUGAUCCGCUCUUGCUACUACCCAGGGGACCUGCCUGGGAUAAACGAGUCUUCCGGUUGUCAUCAGUACUUUCAUGACCAGAACAAUUUCUCAGCUCUGUAUUGUUUCUGUAACACCUCGUACUGCAAUGGAGCCCCUUCUGCCUUCAUACUAAGCUAUGUCAACGUGCUUGUCGUCACACUGAGUACUUUCAUUCUUAGUAUACCAUGUGCAUCUUAA